ACGUGAAUUUAACAUGUGACCGGUGUAAACAAAAUGGAGUAAUCGUUGGAUUUUAUAGAUUUUAUAAGGCUACCAUGGAGAAUAAGUUGCUUCUACUCCUCUGCUUGACCGUGCUGAACGUAUUUCUGGUCAUCACGGUUGAGAGUUUAGACAAUGGAUUGGCUAUUCAGCCCCCAAUGGGAUGGAUGGCGUGGGAAAGAUUCCGAUGUAACACUAACUGCACUGAGGACCCAGAUAACUGCAUCAGUGAGAAGCUGAUAGUUCAGAUGUGUGAUAAAAUGGUAGCGGGUGGUUUCAGGGAUGCUGGGUACACCUACAUCGCUUUAGAUGACUGCUGGGCGGAGAAAAGGAGGGACCCACUGACAGGAAAACUGGUCCCCGACCGAACCCGUUUCCCAAGGGGCAUGAAGGCUCUCGCAGAUUAUGUUCAUAGGCAGGGGAUGAAGUUAGGAAUUUACAGUGACAUGGGAACCAAAACCUGUAAAGAAUACCCGGGGUCAGAGUUCUACAUACAGACAGACGCUCAAACCUUCGCCGACUGGGGCGUGGACAUGCUGAAGCUUGACUGCUGCUAUGGGGGCAGUGGGAUGGAGAUAGGAUAUGAAACAAUGGGAUUUUUCCUUAACAAGACCGGAAGGCCAGUACUGUACUCUUGUAGCUACCCUGUGUGUUUAGGCGGGCAUGUAAUUUAUGAGAGAGUUGCCAAGACAUGCAACAUGUGGCGUAAUGCUAUUGAUUUAACGGAUAGCUGGGACAGGGUAUACAAAGUAAUCCGGAUAUAUGGAGACGACAUCGGGAAUUUUUCCUCAGCGGCCGGACCAGGACACUGGAACGAUGCGGAUCAGCUAAUGGUGGGAGACUUUGGCCUGAGUAAGGGACAACAGACGGCACAGAUUGUGAUGUGGGCCAUGUGGUCAGUUCCACUGUUCAUGUCCGUAGACCUCCGGGAUAUUGGCGUGUUUGCCGAGGAGUUACUCCUCAAUUUAGACAUCAUUGCCAUCAACCAGGACUGGGCGGGGUCCCCAAGCUACAGGGUGUGGCAAGACAAGAGAUUACCCGUGACUACUGACAUCAUAGAGGGGUGGAUAAAGCACCUCAGUGACGGAACCACUGCCAUAGCCAUAUUAAAUGGAUCUAACUAUGGGGAGCCCGCAACAGUGGUUAAGACCCCUCGCCAGCUCGGCCUUCUGGAAAACACGUCGUACAUUUUCUGUAAUGUGCUGACCUCGGAAAAGUCUGGGCCCUUUAAUGACACUGUCCCCAUGAAGGUCAGAAUUCCAGCCACUAGUGUGUACUUUGUUGUGGCCACUGAACUAGAAUAAAAUUCCAGGGAACUGUGUGUGAAACUGGUUUGAAAAUUACAUCAUAUGUUGAUUGCAUUAGCAGAUACAUGUAUUACUAACAGGUUUUUUUAUUCGCUAAUAACAAAAAAUAUAGAUCCUGACAAUGAAUGUUCCUUUGCUGUAAAAUUUGUUUGUUGUAUAACCGUGUUCUGUUUGAAAGUUAACAAUUUUUAGGGCAAUGCAGAGACCACGGUAUUUUAGGAUUUUUUUUUACUUUAAUCACAAUUCUUUCUUAGCAAAUAAACAGAGGAUUUAUUUAUAGCAGUAUUUACCACAAUCUGAAUAGGUACUAUGUGUAAUUUUCCUUUUAUUGGACAUUCCAAAUAUGAAAUUUUUUAGACUUGAUACGUGUACAAUAAUUGAAAAACAAAUUUAAUUUUUCAUAUCUUUAGUAUACUUUUCUAUUCAAAUCAAACAUACUGUACUUCUGAAAUUAACUAUGUGAAGAAAAAGCAUGUACAUGUAUAUGUAUUGAUAUGACAGUUGACAUAUUUCUGUAGAAGAGUUUACGUUCAUAAGUUUUUAUUUAAAAAAAAUUAUUUGAAAUAUUUUAUUUUGAUCAAAAUUAUAUCCAGCUGAGACCAAUUCUGUUGAGACAUCAAUUUUCUAAGUAGGGGAUGUUUUUCUCUCUCUACUGAUAAAAUGACAGGUACAUAAGGUUCAACCUGUUAUUCCUCGCAUUGUUUUGAUAAGACAAAAAACUACUGCAGAUGGUAGCUGCCUUGGUUAUCUGCUUGACUGGGAUAAAAUCAAUGGGAACUUGUUAUUACUAGGGACACUCUCAGGUCCAUAAGCUAAAUUGGGUUCUUGAAGAGCUCAUUCAAUCUGUCCUUGAGAGAAACAUUACAUUAUAGGAAAGUCUUUGUUGAAAAUUUCUAAACAUGUGUGGUUUUUUAUGAACUUCAUAGUACUUGUCCAAAAAUCAGUUCAAAUAACACGUUUCUAAAUAUUUUACCUGGCACAAGGCUUUGUAUAGCAUAUUAAAUUUAAUAAAAGAUUUUGUCAAAACAUGCCAUAAUCAAUAUUGAAUGACUAUUUUUGGUCAAAUACUUGUUCUCAGCAAGGUUUACCCGUUAUCUUCAUUAUUUUUAACUUUAACUUCCAUUUCCACAGUGCAAGCAAGAUUGUCAUACAAGCAUGAAUCAGGAAAAAUUUUAAACUGUUUCACAAACACACCUAGUUCAGAGGCUGAAUGUCAAGGUUUGCACAGCUUUGAAACAUGUACAAGUCUGGGAGUUAUUUUAUUCUGUGCAAUUUCUGUUAGCUUUCUGUAAACAUGUAUAGGUUUAUUGCCUGCAAUGCAUGUUACAUGUAUUAGGUUUCACUGUAUUGCCUAAAAUUACAUAUACUUGUAAAACACAAUAUACAGUGUAUUUUAAAAUUGCAUAAUAAUAAAUAUUUAUUAAUUAAGAGUUUUUUUUAAUUUCUAAAAUCUCUUCCAUUAUAUUUUUAUAUGUUGAAUUUUGUAAAAACAUAAUAAAGUGUCUCAACUAUGUCACUUUUUUCUUCAAACUAGAGGUACUGUGAGCAAGCUCACAAUUGAUACCCCCCGCUAAGAAAAAAAUCAUAACGCGUGUAGUUUUGCUAUUAUAGAAAAUAUUGGAUGAAUCUUUUUCACUGACCAUUUUCUAAAAAUAACAACUGCUCUAUUUUUUAAAACUGUUAAUGCUAAUAGGAGUAAACAAACCAAUUUCUAUCCUUUAAUUCCAUUUUAUUUUAAGUUAACUGUUAAUGCAUGAGAACAUUUGCAUUCUUCCUUUAACAACCAUGACUCAAAUCAAACUCGAAUCAAACGAAAUCCACAUGUCAAGCAGCCAUUUAAUAUUUAAACAUUUUGAAUUAUUGGUAUACUGAGCCCGAUUUUUUCCGAAUUUUUUUUUUCCAAAUAAAAAUUUCAUCAGGGCAGGCCAUUUUCAGAGAAACGGGGAUGAAAAUCUAAAAAUAAUUUUAUGUGGCCUGAGAAGAGCAAGCUUUGUGUCAAAUUUUAGCUUCUAAUAUUUCCAUUAAUACAAGCAAUGACACAGACAAAAUUUAGCAUUUUCGAAACAAUGACCUUGAACUUCCUCAAUUGACCUUGGGUCAAGGUCAUGACACACCCUUACGUCAUAAGCAAUAUUUGUGUGAAGUAAGAACAUUCAAUGCUUCUCCAUAAGGAAGAUAUGGACCGGACACGAAUUUUGCAUUUUUUCUGCCCUUGACCUUGCACGAAUGUCCUUGGGUCAAGGCCAUGACACACCCAUAGGUCAUAAGCAAUCUUUGUGUGAAGUAAGAACUUCCAAUAUUUCUCCAUAAGAAAGAUAUGGACCAGACACGAAUUUUGCAUUUUUUCUGCCAGUGACCUUGACCUUGCACGAAUGACAUUGGGUCAAGGUCAUUACACACCCUUAUGUCAUAAGCAAUCUUUCUGUGAAGUAAGAACUUCCAAUGUCAAUGUUUCUCUAUAAGAAAGGUAUGGACCGGACAGGAAUUUUGCAUUUUUGCUGCCGGUGACCUUGACCUUGCACGAAUGACCUUGGGUCAAGGUCAUGACACACCCUUACGUCAUAAGCAAUAUUUGUGUGAAGUAAGAACAUUCAAUGCUUCUCCAUAAGGAAGAUAUGGACCCGACACGCAUUUUGCAUUUUUUCUGUCCUUGACCUUGACCUUGCACGAAUGACCUUGGGUCAAGGUCAUGACACACCCUUAGGUAAUAAGCAAUCUUUGUGUGAAGUAAGAACUUCCAAUGUUUCUCCAUAAGAAAGAUAUGGACCGGACACGAUUGCAGACAGACGGACAGACAGACAGACAGACAGACGGACGGACGGACAAGGUGAUUCCUAUAUACCCCCCCCCCCCCAACUUUGUUUGCGGGGGGGUAUAAUAAAUACACUUUAGAGAAAGUAAUUAUAAGAUAAUCAUAUAUAAUAUAGAUUUCUCUUUAUUAUACGAUACCCACAAAUACAACAGAGUUUCCUCAAACUUAAAAUAUCUCCAUAUCAAACAGUGUAAAUAGAAAUAAUACAGGAAAUUACUUAUCUCUACUACGUCAGUCAUUCUCCAUCGCACGACCGCAAUUUAAUUUCUUUUUGUAAAGCCUCACAUACAUGUACAUAAAUUGAGAAAAAAUAUGGAAUUGUAUAUGUAAAAAUACAACACGAAGGCAUCAGAACUAGGAAGGGGGGGGGGGGGGACUAAUUUCCUACCAAUAGAAA